UUUUAUUUACCAGUACAGCAAAAAAAUCAGUUAUCAGGCUUAGUGUUUCACUAGGUACCUACUGGACAAAGAGGGAAGACACUCUUUUCCUCUCCUUGACCCCGAAAUAAUAAGUUAAUCUUAUCAAUAUUUUCAAUGUCUUGAAUCUACGACGGUUGAAGACGCGACGACUUUUUUACAGUUCAUUAAAUUAGACACUACGAGAAGAUAGUGGUUUCGAAUACAAAAAAAACCACAAUUUACUUUUAAAGUCUCACUUUUAACCGGCACAUCUAAUUGGGCACAAAGUAGUCAUAAAUCAGACGCACGCGUACGCUAUCAUGCACAUGAAAUCACGUUUUUCUCUCAGAUAAUUUGUAGAUAGAGUGGAGGUAGGUAUAUACCUACUACCUACCUAGGCCGAGAGUUGGUAAGAACUUGAGUCUUUUAAGUCUAAAUUUGUAGAAGGCGAGUACGCGAGUCUUCGCUUAAAAAUCUUCCGAGUCUUUAAGGUCUCCGAGUCGAGUCCUUUAUUGAGUUUAAAAAAGACUUCAAAAUUUUAUAGGUUUUAUCUAUGAGUAACACAACAGAAAAUUGAUAUUUUUAGGGUGCCAUACCCAAAGGGUCUGCUGUAAGACUCCGCUGUCUGUGCGUCUGUCACCUGACUGUAUGUCAUGAACCGUGAUAGACAGUUGAAAUUUUUACAGAUGAUGUAUUUCUGUUGCCGCUAUAACAACAAAUACUAAAAAGUACGGAACCCUCCGUGGGCGAGUCCAACUCGCACUUGUCCGGGUUUUUAAUGAUUUGUGCAUAACCCAUGAAUUUAAUGUUAAACCAAUGCCUUUAAGAAAACUUUUGUACAUAAUAUUAGAGAGUUAUCUUUAAAGGGCUGAAGUCUUUACAAAAGACUUUGGUCUCGAUAAGGACUUAAGUUUCGACUUAAUGACUAGAGUCUGAAAACUAAGUCGAGUCUUAAAGCACUCAAAGGAUAUGAGUCUUAACCAACACUACCUAGGCCGAGAGAUUUUGAACAAAGUCUAGCUAGACCAGUGUAGUGGUGCGUGAAAAUUCGAAGUAGGCAAGCCGGAGCUAAUUUGGCUUUCCUUUUCAUCAGCUGUGGGAAAUAUGUGCCGUUUUCAACCAAAAGGGUACUUUUUUAUUUUUUAUUACGUCGGUGGCAAACAAGCAUACGGCCCGCCUGAUGGUAAGCAGUCUCCGUAGCCUAUGUAGGUACGCCUGCAACUCCAGAGGAGUUACAUGCGCGUUGCCGACCCUAAACCCCCCCUCUCGUUGAGCUCUGGCAACCUUACUCACCGGCAGGAACACAACACUAUGAGUAGGGUCUAGUGUUAUUUGGCUGCGGUUUUCUGUAAGGUGGAGGUGCUUCCCCAGUUGGGCUCUGCUCUAGAUCUGGAAUGACAUCAGCUGUGCUGUGCCCUACCACACAAAGCGAGAUGACAUUCACAAUGACAUAGACAGACAUAUAAGACAAUAUUUUCAUAAACUUCAAUUUGAAAUCAACCUUAUCGACAACUGACAAUGUGGUUCCUUUUACUGGAAACUGAGAAUCGCAUUAUAUAAAUGCACUGCUAGAGAAUAGAUCCGCCAUAAAUGCGCAAAAUUGCAUAAAACAUGCUUACGUAAAAUCGGAAAUCGGGGUCAACGAUAUAUUUACAAUUUAACAUACACCUUACCUGUUUCUUCUUAAAAAUGUAAACAUAUCUGUGAUGUCGACUGUACUGAAAAGAAAUAAAAAAUACCUAUUAACCUACAAGUUCAAGGUACGCAAGUUCACUUGGCUGCUAUAUGAAAUAAUAUAUGUAUGAUAAUCUAAAUGCGCAAUGCCAACGUCAGCACGAUAUUUCAGUAUAUGUUUUAGAUAAAUAGCUAUAAAUCAAAGAGCAACGCCAACGCACGCAAUGAAAUGAAAUUACGCUUUUCCUCUGAGAUAAGACGUUGCGUGUAAAUAAUAUUCCGGAUGAAUGUUGAACAAACAGUUUAUAUCUUAUUAUACAUGUAGAUUUGUAUAUAGAUAUACGACCGAUAGCUUAAAUGUAUGUACAAAUAGAUUGUUGUUAAUAUUUCAAUGUUUUUUUUUUUUAAUAUUAGGACAACACAAUACACAAUGUCAAUGUUACACAAGAUUGAAUUCAUCAUAUCAGCCUUUUAUCGCCCACUGCUGAGCAUAGGCCUCUCUUCCAGUACGCCACUUUUCCCGGUCCUGAGCCAAUCUCAUCCAGAAGUGACCCGCAGUCUUCCGAAUGUCGUCCACCCAACGACCCAGUGUAAUUAAGAAUAAAUAUUGUAACUAAACUAGGUAGACUCAUAUUGACCGUAGUUUGUUUACCUUUAGCAUUAUUUUCGAGCUCCCGAUAUUUCGACGUAGUCACAUGCAUAUUGUUGACGGGUAACUGAAUAUAGCGGGUAAAAUACAAAAGGUAAUCAUGGUCCAUAUCCCGGCCAAUAUAAGUCUAGUGAAACUAACCGUAAAUCACUCAAAUCUGUAAGGUAGGUAGACUCCAUUUAACACAAAAGAAAAAGGCAUUAAAUUUAGUAAAUUAUCUGAAUCUUUAAUGGCCCAUGAAGUCACUUAAGUUAUGAUGGCAGGUAGAUAUCAUGACAAAGGAGGCAAAUGAAUUCGUAACGUUCGGUAUUUAAUAGGUUAUUUUUUUAGCUUUUGGUAUCUCUACACAUAGCUUGAAUUAAUAGGUAGUAAUUUGUGAAACAUCAUUCCCCUCAAAUUUCAAUAGACAACAUCGGAAGACUUUCUGUUCGUGUUAGUUCGAUAUCAUCACACACGCAAACACAUAAAUGUCAAGUCAAACUAUCUCCAUCAUGCAUUUCCUCAUUCGUAACUUAAUAACUCCAACGCAAUUGUUCACCACCUACACGAGCUAUUUGAGAGUUACUAUCGCUGUUUAUCAGUUAAGAGAUAUCGCGUGAUAACGCAGUCGAAAACGCGCCGCGGGGCGGUGACGACGCCAUCAUGGAUAACGAUAAGCCCAGGAUCUACAAGAGGCCUCAAGUCUUGAAGAAAAUCAACGCGGAACAUAUUCUCGCUAUAGAGAGAGGCUUACUAGGCGAUUUACCUGAUAGACUCAAGCCGAAACCACCCGAGCCUGUCCGAGGACGCCCGAACAACCUCCAGCUUGUAACUUAUAAACAGCCCGGAUUACUCUCAGCUUGCCUUCCUGUUGUAAUAGAAACGCCUAGCUCGGAACCGCUCACGCCAACAGAACCGUUCGAUGAUGAAGUCUCAUCUCUGAAGAAAUCCUUCAGUUUCAGAGACAAGCUUUCAAAAAUCAACAUAUUCGGGAACAAGGACAAACCAGAAAAGAACAAAUACAAAACAAUUGAAGAGGAUGAGAAUAAACAUAAUGAGUUCAGAGCCAAAGAUAAGCCAAAGAUGGAGAAAUCAAAGCGGCAAAGUGAGCAGGAGAGUAAAUCUAACAAGCGUUUCUGGUUCUUUCGAAACAAAGAACUUUUAGAAAACAAAGCACAUAGUCCUGUUUACAAAAGGAGUAAGAGUUUCGAGUUUCUACCUAGAGCGUUAGAAGAAGAAGAAGAAUGUUACAAGAAACCAACCUUGUCAAGAAAUCAGUCGUAUGUUUUUGGCAGCUCAGACACAAUGGGCGACGCGUGGACUUCUAAUGAGAGUUUAGAAUACAUAUCAAACGUAUACUACGACAAUGACGACACAGUAUUCCUUAAAAGUAUUAAAGAGUUUCCUUCAGAACUAUCAUCUGCUAACAAUUCCAGUUUAUCUAAUGCUACAUCAUCAUCCAGUGGUUUAGUGGCCAAUAUUUUUAAGCGGGAAUCAGUGCAGGACUUAAUAGACGAAUUCGAAAAAAGUGUGGAUAUGUUCAGUGAGAACUAUUUAAGUGAUUGUGAAACGUAUACUAAACCUAAGAAAGAAGUAGUACAGGAGCAUCGUCGAAGCUCCAGCUUUGAUACUUUGUGUCCUCAGUCUCCAAAGAUUGUGCCAGUAUCUAAAGUAGAUGAAUUGAGUGAGGAUUUUAAGAAAGAGUUGUCGAAAGCGUUGGAAGUGAAGCGUGCAGUGCGUUCGCCGACGGGCCGGCGUGGUUCCGUCACGGAUUGGUUUGUGUUGGAGGACCCUGUGGUGCACACGGAGGAUCACCGAAGAAAUCAUGCCCUGCAUGAGAUGAACAAGUAUAAAAGGGCGCAGAAGAAACCAGUAAACAGGGUGAGGAGGAUCAGCUCUACAAAAUAUGUAAGUGUUUUUUAUUGGUCUAAUGAAGGAAGGCGAUGAGGUGAUGAAAUUAUUAUCUCAUCAAGAGAUAACUAACAAUUAAGACAUUUUAACUUCUUUGAAACUAGGUAUUUAUUUGGUAUUUUAUCUGUAUCACAUUUUUAUCUUUAACUCCAGUUUCGCAAGCGUCAAUUACAAUGACGAAUAUUGUUAUUAGUGCCUAUUUGAUUGUCUUUCUACGAUGUAAUUUUAUUUGUCGUUGGCGCUAACAUUAUCGAAAUACCAUCUGGCGUGAGUAACUAUUUAAAUAUCUGAUAUCUAAUUGAAUUUCUGCUAACAUUUGCGCGCAACUCGAUUAUUGUUUGAUGUUUGGUAUGAAGCGUGUACAAAAAACUCUUGUUUAAUAAAAAGACACAAAACACAAAUACAAUAAUUAAAAUACAGAGGUAAACAAUAUUCAUAAUUUGGUGAUUAUUUAGGUAU